GACCUUUGAUAAUUAAACCAUGCCAGGGGUGGUAUGCGGCUUCCCUGCAGUAGUAAAACUGGGGCACCCAAGAGUGUCCCUCCAUGUUCCUGACACCUGGGCCGUCGCCGAAGUGUGUUCUACUUCACUAUUACAGAAAGUGAUAAUCUCACAGUCAAGGCAAACCCCUGUGUCGACAGAUAUGAUUCAAGAAAUAUAGCUCAGGCAUUGUUUACAUUUAAAUAGUACAGUGUUGGAAAACAAGGUCACACGUCUAAGAAAAUAGGAGUGGUAACGCAAUGAUAAAGCCCUCUUAAAAUAUUACAUCAGACUUUCUUCUGAAACAUUAGCAGCGCGCGGUAAUGGCAUGCUAGUGUACUCCGAUGUUAAACUACCAAUUUACUUUAUGAGUUGAUGAUGCAAUCAAACAUUUUGAUAGUGAUGAAGCUGCACGUCUAUUGUCAUUCCGGGAUCCGCAUGUUGCAAGUCCUCAUUUGCAACUUGAAAAAGCUGAUAAUCAGUGCAGAAGAUUUUUAGAGUCUCCAUUUGAUGAAAUGGUAGCUUCACAUCUUAGAUGUUGCUGGGCUGUGAGUAACCAUGACUUUGCAGAAGCAUACAACAAUCAAGCUUUUGUGGUUCAAUGCUUCUUGAAAGCUCUUCAGUCACAGAAAGAAGAAAACUGGGCUCUUCCAGUUAUGUUCACAGUUUCCCUUGACCUCAGAUUAUUUGCAGUCAGUGCAGAUAUUCAACUUGUUAAAAGGAAUAAGGGCAAAGUUGGAGAAAAGUUGGAAAAAGCUGCAGAGUUAUUGAUGAACCUUUUUAGAGUUUGUGCCUCAGACAACCGUGCAGCCAUAGAAGACUCAAAGAAAUGGGGCAUGUUAAACCUAGUGAAUCAGUUAUUUAAAAUUUACUUCAAGAUUAACAAGCUUCAUUUGUGCAAACCAUUAAUCAGAGCAAUAGAGAACCUUCCUAUUAAGGAUAAAUUCAGUCUUUCUCAACUAGUCACUUACAGGUUCUAUGUUGGAAGAAAAGCCAUGUUUGACAGUGAUUACAAAAGUGCUGAGGAAUAUCUUAUGUUUGCCUUUGAAAAAUGUCAUAAACAUAGCCACAAGAAUAAAAGACUUACUUUGAUAUAUCUUAUCCCUGUUAAAAUGCUUUUGGGUCAUAUGCCCAAAUUAACCCUGCUUGCCAAGUAUGAUCUUAAUCAAUUUACAGAUGUUGUUCAGUCUGUCAGUUCAGGAAACUUGUUGAAGCUUAAUGCUGCUUUACAAAAGCAUGAAGCAUUUUUUAUCCGUUGUGGAAUUUAUCUGAUUUUGGAAAAACUUAGGAUCAUUACAUACAGAAAUCUCUUUAAAAAAGUAUAUCUUAUAAAUCAGAAAAAUCAUUUGAUUGACAUGAGUGCAUUUACAACUGCUUUAAAAAUGAUGGAGGUUGAUGGAAUUGAUGAUGAUGAAACUCAAUGCAUUCUUGCAAAUUUAAUUUAUGAGAACAAGAUCAAAGGCUACAUAUCUCAUCAACACAGAAAGCUGGUAGUAAGUAAACAGAAUCCAUUUCCAGUUUUAUCAACAGUUUUGUAGACUGAGUACAUCCUUCAGAAUUACAAGAAAUUUUCUCUUGUCAUUACUUAUUUUUGUUAAUUAAAAAUACAUUUAUAAACUUUAA